CACGCCAUGGCGAGCUCCGGCGAGGAAGGGCCCGUGGUGGUGGACCUCCGAUCCGCGGCGGAGUCGGCGGGCGGCGAGGACGCGCACGCCACGCCGCUCCACGAGAUGGAGUCCCUCUGCAUGCGCUGCGGCGAGAACGGCACGACGAGGGUGCUGCUGACUCUGAUUCCGCACUUCCGGGAGGUUGUUCUGAUGGCUUUUGAGUGCCCACAUUGUAACGAAAGGAACAACGAAAUUCAGUUUGCUGGACAGAUCCAGCAAAAGGGAUGUUGCUACACCUUGAAAGUCCCCAUGGGGCAGAGCAAGGUAUUGAACCGUCAGGUUGUCAAAUCUGAUUCAGCAACUAUUAAGAUUCCAGAAUUGGACUUCGAGAUCCCUCCAGAAGCUCAACGUGGAACACUUUCAACAGUGGAAGGGAGCAUUAUGCGAGCUAUCAGUGAGUUGCAGGAACUUCAGGAUGAAAGAAAGAAAGUGGAUCCUCAAAAGGCUGAAGCUAUUGAUCAGUUUUUAGUAAAACUGAGAUGUCUUGGAUCAGGAGAAGCUGCUUUUACCUUUAUUCUUGAUGAUCCUUCUGGAAACAGCUUCAUUGAGAACCCGCAUGCACCUUCGCCAGAUCCUUUGUUAUCUUUGAGAUUCUAUGAGAGGACAUCUGAAGAGCAAGCAGCACUUGGUUUUCUCGCUGAACCAACCAAAGAACCUGGGGAGUCUUCUCAUGAUGCUUCAACAGUGGAAGCAAACUCUGGUGGGCAGCGGAUGCCACAUGGUUCAGUUGGAGCUGUUGCAGGUCGCCGUGCUAUAGCUCAGGGAAACUCUGAUGAAAUUAGCGCAGCCUUGUAUAGAUAUUCAGCACCAGAAGAGGUUGAUACUUUGCCAUCAUCAUGUAGUGCCUGUACUGCUCAGUGUGUCACUCGAUUCUUUUCUACAAAAAUCCCAUAUUUUCGGGAGGUAAUUCUUAUGGCUACAACAUGUGAUGUGUGUGGUUAUCGCAACUCAGAGUUGAAACCUGGUGGUGCAAUCCCAGCUAAAGGAAAGAAAACUACACUACAUGUGCAAGAAUUUAAAGAUCUUAGUCGUGAUGUCAUUAAGUCAGAUUCGGCUGCGGUGUAUGUACCUGAACUUGAGUUGGAGCUAUCAGCCGGAACACUGGGUGGCAUGGUGACAACAGUUGAAGGCUUAAUUGUGAAAAUAUGCGAGGCGCUGGAGAGAGUUCAUGGAUUCCAGUUGGGUGAUAGCACACAUGAAUGGGAAAAGAAGAAAUGGGAUGACUUCCAAGAGAAAUUAGCAAAGCUUCUUAAUUUAGAAGAGCCAUGGACCUUAAUUAUUGAUGAUGCUUUGGCGGCUUCAUUUAUUGCUCCAGCCACAGAUUUGAUAGAAGAGGACAAGCAACUAACGAUUGAGGAGUAUGAGAGGAGCUCGGAGCAAAACGAUGAGCUGGGCUUGAAUGACAUGGACACGUCCUCUGCGGACAUGGCUUACAACACGACCAGCACCUGAUAAUGGUUUAGUCUUGUUAUGUGUAAUGUUGUAACUUAUAGUAUUUACCAGUUCAAACUUUGGUACUCUCAGUGAUGUGCUAGUAUUCAGAUCUUUGUUUAUGAAAUGGAAGCGUAUGUGAUAUGGAUGUCAGAUAGUUAGCCGACUGCACUUAAAGAUUCUUUUUCAUUAACGUUUUUGAAGAUGUUAGCUCAUUCA